CUAAAUCCAGGGCUGCAAAAUGGCUAGUUUCGAAUCUGGUACUCCGUAGUCCUUUGUCUGUGUUGCCAACGUCCAUCAUCACCUCAUCUCCAUCAACGAUUCCCACCCAUGUCAACAUGAAAUAACCUCUCCGCCAAAGCCAUGUCGUUGUCUGUAGUCAACAUAUCAUGAACGACAAAGAAACCAGUGUCUACCUGGACGUACCUGUGACAGAGUCAGAGCGGACCCGAGCUAGACAACAGGAACAAAUCCGUCAGCGCCUCGAACUUGACAACGCCGACGCUUCUGAUCGCCUCCUACCAGAACCACGAUACAUAGAUGAUUCUUCGUCUUCCGCCAACAAUGUCCCUCUCAGAUUUCCUUCAAUUCAUACCGCAUCCGAAGUAAGGCAGCAGUCACCGUCCAUUCAACCACCCAGACCAAUUCAGCCCGCCCCCUGUCCCGUACACGGUCACCAGCGUUCAUCGAUUCCUCCAAUUUACGAGGAAGAUGAACCAGAGGCCACUACUCUUCGAGAUCUGCCCAGUCGCUUCAGCAACGACGACGAAGGACUUCUCCUGCCCGCCGCUGGCCCUGUGCCUCCAUUAUGGAGCCCCAUUUGGUUACGAAAAUGGUUUCUCGCCAUCUUUAGUCUAGUCUUCACCCUCUUCUUCAUCGCCCUCAUUCUGCUCUGGUAUUACGAUCGAGAAAACGAUGGCUUUGCCGUCACAGAGGGAACCAGUCACUAUGCAUGGGCCUAUGCCCCCACCGUCAUUGUCGUGUUUGUCGUCGCUGCUUGGAGAAUGGUCGAUCAUCAUGCCAAGUUGGCCAUGCCUUUUGAUGCCCUUCAAGAUGGCCCCGUCAAAGCCUCCGAAAGUCUACUCGUCGACUACAUCUCAUCCUUUCAACUGGUUUCAUUGGUCCAAGCCGCAAGAAAUGCUCAUCUGGCAGUCAUCACCUCUGUCACCGGUUUUGUCUUACUAAAAAUAAUCACCGUCUUUUCAACCGGCUUGCUUGUUCUCCUCCCCACCGCCAUGAGGCUUUCCGAUGUCACAAUCAAUACCUUACCGUUCGAUGCCGCAUCGUUCGACCCGGCCGUCGAUCUGGAUCCUGCAACCUUUUCAUCUUUUCCCGUGUAUGCUUAUUAUGGGACUUUAGUACAAGGAGUCCCCCUGGACAAUGGUCUUACUCUCGAUCUUGCCUACAGCACUGUUACUUUGGAUACCGAGUCUCCUCUGCCAGAUGGUGCCACCAUAGAAGCCAAGGUUGAUGCCUUUGUGCCCACUUUUGAAUGCAAAGAGUUAGAUCUCACGGUCGAUAGCCCCAGGGUCGUUGAUGAUUCAAAUGCUGCGGAAGCCUUGGCGGAUUCUGCCAAUAUCUCUCUAACAAUCAAGGCUGGUGACGCUUGCAGUGGCGCUUCAAGCGUCCAAGUUCCAGCCGACGACCCUUAUACCGAAAUUACCCCCGAUCGCCAAGUUCUAGGAACUCUUCAGGAGAUAUAUUGCGGAUCGCCAAAUGCGUCUGAAUCUGACUCUGCCGGGCCUGUGGGUAUCUUGUUCACAGCCACCGAUAUUACCUACCAGCAAUCUCUCUUUGACAACGCAACGGAUCUCGCAGGAGGUACAUUCACAAUUGCCGGCAAUGUUUCGAGGACCCUCAAUACCAUCACCAACAUCUUCUGCACAGCCUCUUACACCAUUACCCAAGUCAAGAUUACCCACGACACCCGACUGGCGGACAGCAGUCAAGCCAUCACGAUUGAAUCCGUCGGCGAUGCAAGCAACACUACACUGCCUAAGCUAUCGGAUUGGAAUUUGACCAGUAUCUACACUCGAUCUUCCGUUGCAGCCCAGGCACUCUUUGGCGACACUAUCAACCAAGAUACCAUCUCGGAUUCUAGUGCCAUGUUCCAAUUGAUGGCUCUGGCCCAGGGUAGUGACAAUAUUGAUGUGUUGUUGAAUCCGGCUCAAUUGAUGACGGCCGCUGAGCAAACAUACAAGGGGAUCAUCUCCCAAUACGCGCACCAGAAUUUGAGGGCAACUAGCACUUCUCCCGCAGAGGAUGAUAAAGUGUCCGUGAAUACACCUAGAUUACGCGUCAAUGACGUUUCGGUCUGGACGAUGGGACCACUCUCUGCUGUGUUGGCAUUACUGGCGAUUACGCUCAUCUUCAUCGCUCCUCGGCACGUCGUUCCACGAGAUCCAAGCUCCAUUGCAAGUAUUGCGACCAUUCUCAGCAGAAGCGUCGAGUUAAACCGCAUUCUGAGAAGGAGAGGACCUCCUAAUCUUAAGAACCAAAAGCUCGCCCUAUCUGGCUAUGAAUUUGGAUCAGCUAUCGCGACCUCGGACUCGGGCAGGGCGAGCUACAAAAUCGUGACCUCUGAAGGAGUUUCCGACGAGCCCGACAGUCCUUCUGAACCAUUGAAGUGGUGGCUUCCAGUUUCAGCCACCAUCCCAUUCUUGGUCAUAACCCUGAUCAUCCCGGUGGUCCUUGUGAUCGUGUUGGAAGUUCUUCAACGCUCGUCCAACAAGAACAAUGGUCUAUUCUCGGUUGCCGAUGACAAGUGGACAGAGGUUUACAGCCAUUACAUUCCGAGUCUGGUCAUGUUGAUCAUGGCAUCGCUCAUCAACAUGCUCGACUUUAACGUGGCUUUGUUCGCUCCUUGGAGUAAUCUUGCGAGGGGGAAUGCUAUCAGCAAACGGUCUGUUCUCAACAAUCUUCUUGGUCGAUCGCCUCCCGCGGCGUUUCUCCAGGCCUUCAAGACUCGAAACUUUGGCGCUGUCAUGAGUAUAUUGGCCGCAACUUUGGCUUCGAUCUUGGCAGUGAUCGCAUCUGGGCUCUACACCGUUGAGCACUUUACUGAAGACGGGCCAAGUUUGACUUUGAGAGUGACCGACAGCUUUGGCCUCACUUGGGACGACAGUUUCACCACAGAUAAAGGGGCAGCUGCCAUGGUGGAUAUGAUCAUGCACAAAAACAUGCAAUACCCUCACUUCACUUAUGAAGGCCUUGCCCUUCCCAGCCUCUUGCUCGAUAACUCUGAAAUAGGCACCAACUUUCAAGAUGUCAUUGGUGGAUCCUACAGCGAAAAGUUAGAAGUACUUCGUGGCAACUUGAGAUGCGAAAUCCUGGAUGAGGAUUCUUUCGACCUGUCCACGGAAGACGCCGCAGAUUCAGCAUACCCCACGGAUAUGGCCUUUGUGACUGUCAAUGCGCCGCUACCAGAAUCAUGCCACUUGGGAGGUAGUAGUGGUGACGACUCUGUCGUGACGUAUGAGAAUAACUUUGCGCUCCUUGCCGAUGGACAGGAAACCUUUGCUGGGGCACAACUUGAUCUUCUCUUUGGUGAGAAUGCCACCAUCUAUGGAAAUUUUGGCGAAGAUCGCGGCCAGUACAUUGGGGAUAACCCGCCCGUCGGCUGUCCGAGCCUUGCGUUCACCUUCGGCAAAUUUGAACUAGGAAGCGACGACAAAUCCCAAGUGACGACCAUGAUCUGCUAUCAGGAAAUCCACAAAUUGGAGGCGAAUGUAACCAUGAAAUGGAAUAGUACCAUGCUUGACCCAGAGCAUCCUCCCGUCGUCGACAAUGGAAGUGUCGAAGUCAUGGAAAAUCCUGCCAAUUCAAGUGGAGUCGAGUCGUUUGAUUUUCGCAUUCAAAAUAACCUCGCCGAAGAGAUGACGUUGUUUAGCGGAGGCAAUGGAACCCCAGCAUCGAACCCUAGCGCCGUUUCCACAGUCGACAUCUACUUCCAGGCGAUUAUCGAUGGCCCCAACGGACAUGAUCCAGCGAGCCUCGUUGGAAAAGACAAUCAGCAAGCGCUCGAGGACGCCAUUAAUGAGUUUUAUCAAAUGUACAUGGCACAGGUCAUCUCUGCCAACAUGCGCGUACCGGAGACCAAUCAGGGAAGGCGUCUUUCCCGUCGACAGAGCUCCAACACCAUCGACGCCACUUCGAGCGUUGUGCAUACUCGGCUUGUGCAACACAAACUCAGCAAAAUUGUGCUGCAGGUACUCCUAUGUGUGAUGACCGGCCUGGCCGCGGCAUCAUGGCUGACCACCAAAUUCCGACGUGUCCUUCCUUGCAACCCAUGUUCGCUUGCCGGCACAAUGUCACUUCUGGCAGGUAGUGACCUUUGCUACGCCGAGGAUGAAGGCAUAUGUGAAUGCUGCGGCAAAACCCGCCGACGCAGUUUCGGCCUGGAAGCAUCCAGUCGACCUCAGAGUAUUCACGUGCGACCUGAUGAAGACGUGCUUGAAGAGGAACAGGACGAACGUCAACAAUUAAUCCCGGCGGGAGCGGAAUGGAUGCGGCAGGAUCAAUUCUCCGUCAUAUUUGGUGGGAAGAGAUACAGUACAGGAUGGUGGCGCGAGCGGGCGGGAAUUGGCAAGAGGAGAAGAUUUGGGGUUGAUGUUGGCGAGAGGGCCGACGGCGCCGACGAUCAAGAUUGGGAAUUAGGACCACGCAAGCCUGAAGGUUCUGGGUUUGAGGGAUUCAUGAUGAGGGGAGGAGAUCGGCAAGGAAGAGGCGAGUAUCAAAGUCUGGGCGCACAUGGACGAAGACCAAGUGCGACAAGUCCAGAUCCUGGGUACAUGAGGGAUGGAAACUCCGGGUUUGAGACGAAUCGGCCACCAAUUGGACCUGGUGGCGGAGGCCCCGGACCUGCGACGCUGGCACGGAGAAGUACUUCAAUCAUGGGAGGAGAAGCGUAGGUGUUUCGCUGCAUUGGCCUCGGGCCACUUCGGUUUGUCAUCGCUAGCUAUAUACCACUCUGUUACCAAACAAGUUUGAAAUUGUAGACACAGGCAAAAUAAGAUCA